AUGGUCCGGGCUGGAAGAUCAGAGACGGCCAAGAUGGCUUUGAAGAGAAAGAAGCAACACGAGCAUUCCAUCGAGCAGACCCAGGCGCAGAUCGGAACCCUCGAACAACAAAUAAACGCGAUAGAAUCAGCAAACAUCAACAGGGAAACCCUUGCUGCAAUGGAGAAGGUUGGCGAGGCCAUGAAACAAAUUCAUGGAAAGUUGACACCGGAGAAGGUUGACGAAACUAUAACAGCUUCAGCAAGAGCAAUUGAUGAGCAGAUGAUCGGUACGGGCACGGUGCCCGUAUCCGAUGCUGUUCACAAGAUGCCUACGGUAGCCAACGGAAAGAAUAAAGCAGUCCAGGAAGACGAUGAGGAAGAGGAGCUUAGGAAACUCCAGGCCGAGAUGGCCUUUAAUUGCAUCAAAGUUCCGCUGUGCAUCCUAUUGGCAGCAAAGGGAGCUCAAGAGUUUGUCUAG